AGUGGGUAAACAAGGGCUGGGAAGGGGAUGUCUUCGUUCCCAGUGACAAGUCGACAGGGAUCAGAGGUGAUAGAGGGGGUGAAGACGGACUUUCACAUCAGCAAUUACUCUGAUCGGACGCUCGUGGUUGUAACACAGACAGGGAAACCGGGGACAUUCAUUCAUGUGCAGAGAGACUCGUCGAGCGGAAGAAACGGAUUGAGCAUCAACGUUCUUGUUGGAAAGCGAGAUGACGUUACCAUGGUGUAUGCCCGUCAGAUCGCCGAGGUGAUGCACAAGAGAUCUCAGAAGCCAGUGCUGAUUGCGCUGUGCGUCCUCAACGACUCCCCGGUCGUGUUCAAGAAAGUCCUGCAGAACCUUGAGACGCUGAGCGCGUGACAGUGAUUUUGCUUUCUGACAGGAACCAAAGAAAUUCCAUUUGCUGACUGUCACUGGGCUCUUCUUCUUUGCUCUCAAUUCCCGAUCCUCAAACUCUCUUGAGCCCUCUUGUAGAUAUUGAGUAGAGCCAUGUACGACAGCGACUGAGGGCAUUCCAACUCCAUCAGUAAACCACGUUGAUUUUCAA